AGGACCAACCCGACAAACGCUAUAAUAGGGGUAAGUUCUAUGCUUAGACGUGCUUCAUGAACGAAACCUUCCCUGCUUCCUAGCUUCUAUCGUGAUUGCGAUAAACAUCAGCAUAAUUAUUCGGGUGGCCAGGCUUGAAUGGGGAAAGUAUUUCAGCGUGUACCCAACGAGGCAGACUUCAGUUGCCAGUCGCAUGCCCUUUUUAAGUGGUCUGCAGCAUUAUCGUUUUGUACCAGACAUCGCUGCUGCUCGGCUCUACGCAUUGUGUGAUCACAUCAAAACUAUCAAGGCAUCGUAUACUACCACGUAUUUGUGAGAAAUAGUUCUGGCAGUAACUCUAACAAGAUGCCAACUCGCGCUAGUAGGAAAUUUCGCCAUGGAAAUCAAAAUAAGAACCAGUUCCAGGUACACCACAAGGCCCACAACUUGUCGCGCUAUUCUGAUGAAAGACAAGAAUUGAUUGCGCCUCUCAUCGACGACAUCGCGAUGGAGAAAAUACCGCCAGACCACUCUGGACGACCAACGGCAGAAGAUAUAGACGCCAUUAUGACGGCUCUCAAUGCGAUCAUAGCACUACGACAUACUUUACAACUAGGGAUGGAAUUAGACAAGAAGUGUCCCUUCGAACCUCGAUCUAUCUGGCCCAGGCUGUUUGCAUGGAUGAAGUGUCUCUAUAAACAUUGCGUCCUUCGCCACGGAUACGACACAAAGACUCAAGAGACGGCAUUCAUUGAGAUUGCUUGUCUAUCACACUUAUAUGUUCACGGUGGUGACCCUACCAAAAGCAUCUACACUACUCCAGGAUUUACGUCUUUUGUUACCGAGAUUUGGCUGAAAGAACAGUAUUAUCUUACCAAAUACACAGAAUUCAAGGCUGGUUAUAGCGGCUUCAUGUUCUCUGAAACGAUAGCUCAAUUACUCACCGAGGAGCAUCAACGGGAAGAUCGUGUGGAUGAGAUAAUAGCCGCAGCUGGAACCAUGGACUCCCUUGCGACCUAUACUCUAAAGUAUCUUCGUUCAGCCAUCUCCGCUGAUCCUCUCGAUUUUCACUUGAUCCGAGGCAUACUGUUCGUCAUCUCAAUGUGCUGCGUAGAAAAUGGCAGGCUAUAUGGCACAUUCUUGCGGCGAUCUGGUGCUUUUCUCGUGGCGAAGACGUUUCUUAUAGCUGCGAAGCACAUCACAAAGCCGGUUGAUCAUGACGUAUUAUUCACCAUACGUUGGGCUUACCUGUUUUUCGGCACUGUACCUUUGUGUGGAAAAGGCCCCUAUUGGAUGAUUCAAUCACUGGAGUCAGGUUUACUUCAGGGACUUUUACUAUCGUGCGGGCUCAUGAAGGCAGAGCUCCCUUCUCCC